GUUCGUCGUGAGUAAAAGGGGGAAAAGCUUGCCUCUGUACGGAAGGUUGUUUCACUCUGGUGUGAAGGUGUGCUUUGUUAUAAUUUGCUGAAAAUCUGAUAAAAAAAAGAUUCAUCCGGUUACGAUUAUCGAAACAUUGCUAGUUAAGUCUCAGCAGCAAACCUGGUGAAGCGAUUGUGUGUAUCGAUAAAUGGGUAGUGGGCGAAUUUCCCUUCCGACGACAGGAUAAUAAUAUGGCUGAGCAGUGAAAUAGAAGCUAAACGCUGACAAGAAUAACGGGGGAAGGAUAUUCCCAUCGUCACUAGGGAAAAAAAAGCUACCACAAAGAAGCAAGACUGGCAAGCAGGAAGUGAGGAUUACGAUGAGGAUUUUAUCGUGUGGGAAAAAACGAGUUUUGCAGUAGAAACCUAAGUUCGACAGUGAAGCUUGUGUGUGAAUUCAAAGUGAAGCUGAAGUAGGAUGGUCGCAAAUUUUGGAAAAGAUACCAGUAGAUAAGUGUGCGAGAGCAAAGCUAAGCAUUGCUAUCCAGCGGAAAAUCCCAAGGAUUCGAGGAUACAGUACCCGAGUGUGAAGAAAUUUCCACAACAAUUGGUGAAAAGCAAGAGCAGCAGAAUUUAUUUCGAUCAGCUGAUGAUCGCCAAUGGUUGUGGAUGAAAGUUUAAGCGGAAAAGCCGUUUGCAACGAACCGAACGAAAAUUUUCUCUCUUCCGGUGCCAAAACGUCAUGACCGGAUGCGAGGUAAACUGUAAGGUGGACCUUGCCCAGCCCUAGUAGUUAGUGAUGCUACCGGACGUCAACGAUGCUCAUCUCGUCCGUCUCUGUUUCAGGAGUUACGAUGCACGGGCUGAGUCACCUGAAAUCCGGCUCAACCCUGGAGGCACUUACGCUUGCUACUAUCAUUCUCAUCUUAGCGGUCGCAAUCAUCGUAGCAAAUCUCAUUGUAGUCGCCACAUUUCUGAAUUUUAAGGGUCCGCAUGAGGUCAUAAACUAUUACUUACUGUCGUUAGGCGUCGCCGAUUUGCUAUGUGGUCUGUUCAUAGUACCCCUGUCUGUGUAUCCCAGCUUUUAUGGCGAUUGGGUCUACGGGGAGGUGAUGUGCCAGAUGGUCGGUUAUCUGGAGGUCACUCUCUGGUCCAUUUCGGUUUAUACCUUUAUGUGGAUAUCGGUCGAUCGGUACCUUGCAGUUAGGAAACCACUGCGCUACGAAACGAUUCAAACAAAAACAAGAUGCCAAUGCUGGAUGGCCUUCACGUGGAUCUCGGCCGCGUUGCUAUGCUGUCCACCGCUGCUCGGCGACAACAAGGCCGUUUACAAGAAAGACAUCCACGUCUGUAUGCUCGAGUGGGGCAGCAUGGCUGCCUAUAGUGCAACGCUGGCAAUCCUGGUCCUGGGGCCGAGUGUAAUCUCGAUCGUCUACAACUAUGGCUACAUCUUCACGAUGAUGCGUAAAGUGCGAUCGGGAGCACCGAUUCAUGAUAAGGAGUACGCCACGGCACUGGCCGAAAAUCUGGCCAAUCCGAGCCACUGUAUGUCAUUUGCAUUGGUGUUCUCGUUCUGGGUCUCGUGGGGUCCGUACAUCGGGCUGCGGAUCUACGAGCUGGUGAUGAAAGAACCGUACGAUAACACGAUGAUCCAGUUCGGUGCCGUCUGGCUGGGAAUACUCAACUCGUUCUGGAAGAUCAUCAUCAUGACGAGCAUGUCGCAGCAGUUCCGCCUGCUGGUGCGGUUGCUCUUCCUCACCAUCUGCUGCAAGACGAAAGGACGACUGCAGGCCGAGCUGAUUGGGCUCGAUCCGGACGACUAAGGCGGCAUCAAUUCUAAAGCAUCACAAUCAACUGGGUGGGCAGAUUAACAUAAUUUCACUACAAUACAGUUGUGAGUGAUAGCCAUCAUCUUCCGAGAAGAAACUGAGAAAGGCAUGAACAUGCCUGCUGGAAGUGACUUCUUUCGAGACACAAUGAAGGAGACAGACAGCCGAGAGGAAACUUCAAUUAAACUAUUGUAAUUUUAUCAAACAUACUAACUAUUUAAUUACUACAAAAUAGGCUAGACGCGAUGUAUAAGCGAUUGGAAUAAUGUGAAAAACAUUCAGAACAAUCAUUUUUUGCAACAAAAAAACGUGUAGGCAUAUCUACAACUAGGAGUGCAACGAGAAACAGUGUUGCCAUUUGCGAGGAAUUGUUGUAGACCAAACAAGUCUUAUCUACAGUUUUGUUUUCUAAUAUUUGUAUCAUAUUCACAUAAUUCGACAUAACAGAAAGGCGCUAUGUAUAUCAUAACGCAGUAUUAGACGCGCAACUAAGUUUAUGAUGUUUUUUUUUUCCAUUUUUUUCAUAAAAAUGCAGCUUUUCACAUGUACCUUUGUGGAGGCGAUCUGGCGUAGGGGUAACAUCCAUACCUCUCACGCUGUAGGUCACGAGUUCAAUUCUAACUGCCGACAUUCUUCCAAAAAUGGAAGUAAAAGUGGCAAACCAACCAAAAUUGUUGAAAGUCACUAUAAUACAGAUAAAAAAAAACAUGUACCUCAAUUAUUAUGGCAACACUGUUUAUUGUUCCACACACGCACACCUACAUACAAAAAAAAGUAAUAGCAAUGUAGUAGCUUCUCUUCUUUAUAUUGAUUGUAUCAAUUUCUAAAUGAGAAGAAAACUAACAUGCUGCAAUUACAUCAGUUACACAGAGAAGUAAUGUACGCAUAAUAAUACUUUUUAGGCGAGAAACAUCAACCCACAAGGAAGUUAUGAGCACUAAGUAAGAACACCUUCAGGGCGUAACACAGAACACAAAUGAACGAGCAUGAGACAACACGCAACUAUAACAAAUGUAACAAGAACAAUAUAACGAAGCAAAAGUAUGCUGGAGCAGAACUAUUUUCUAGAUUUUGAAAGAGUGAGAUUAGUUCAAAACAUAAAGAAACAAAAACUACGUUAGAAAUAUUUCCUAAUCCGUGAAGAAAUAAAUAGCGAGUCGUAAAGGGUAGCAAGAAUCAGAUGAGAGCAAACAUGUGCUUCAAUAGCUGCAGCAAGUUGUUAAGUAUUCUUUUAGUUAGAACCCCGUGUGAACGGAAGAAGGGAGAACUGGAAAGAAAAUAUUACGUUUUGCAAACACCACAAACACAGUUAAUUGUUUGCGAAAACAGAAGCCGAAAAAUUGUUAAACGGCCAAAAGCCAAAAUAAACGUGAAUUGGAUAGAAAUUGUUUAGUAAACAUAUCCAUGUAAAUAUUUCACAGUAAGAUGAACUGAAACAGUGAAAUCCCAAACCAAAAUUUGUUCAGCGAUUAAAUAUUUUGUAUCCAACGGAAAAGUAUAUGAGAACAUGGUUUUGCUAAUUAUAAACACCCACUGUAAAUAGAAAAGUUAUUCAGUAAGUCAACACUGAAAGAUAGUUAUGUAAACACGAUAAACUUAUUUUCUAUGGCACAAUGCAAUAGUUGUGUAAUUAAAACUAUUGUUUCGUUUUCGGUGAACACACAUUCAUUAAGAGCAACUAACUCGACUCAAAAUUUUAAAAUAAAAUGUAAGUUCUGUUAUCUAGUUUUGUAAGAUGAUUGAGUACAUAAUGAUAAUGGGUUUCAAACCGAAUAGAUAAUUUGCCAAACACACAGUUCAGUGUGACUACGCUGGAUCAAUUUCUCAAUACAUUGUGAAGAACUACGACUCCGAUCGGUGCCACUGAACAGACACGGAACGCUGUUGGCCACACAGAUGGUUUGUAAUCGAAACAUAUUGAACCAAGCAAUACUGAUAUCUUCGUGAAUCUUGAUCGGACAGCAAAUAUAAUUCUUCAAUUUUCUAAUACAUUGAACGACAAUCUCAAAGACUUAGGUAAAUUGUAUUGAAGUCAGUCAGUGAAAUAUCAAAAUUGUACAGUUGUCUCGGAAAAAAUUAAUAACUGAGUCAACAGAAACUUCUCAGGUUUAAAAGAAUUCGGAAGAAAACGACGUUAAUUUUGCAAACAAUAAUUAUACAGAUGAGAACAACCACAUUUUUCAAUAGAAAAGUCUAAUCAGAGGUCAACAAACACGCUAUGAAUGAAUAUUUUCAAAGAAUUUCGCAUGAAAAUUUUCAAACAAAAAUUUGUUUUGCUAGCCUAGCAAUUUCAAUAUAUCAGCACAAUUUUUUUUUUGCAUAUUGUCUUGACUUAUUUGGUCUGGACUCCCUUUUUUAAAGAAAUAUGUGAUUUGUUAUAUUUUUAAUUAUGAUAGAUUUUUCGGUCUCGUGGUUAUGUAAUUACAGUUUCUGUGUUCAGCCCUCAGGUGCAUGCUGUAUCAUAUUCGAUCGUAAUGUUUCAGAAGCAACUGAUGCAACCACACAGAAUUGAACGAAAUAUUUGCAAACGAUAAUGAAAAAUCAAGGGUUAUGUUUCAUCUAGGUGUGCUUGUACAGGGUGAUUCAGAGAGAACACGCUUCUAGUUAUUUACAUUGUAAAUUUAUUUUUGAAAAGCAGUUUUUAUCUCCUUCGACAUGGGUUAAACAGGUACGAUUCUUCGUCCCUUUGCCUUAAUGACAAGCCGCAUCAGUUUUUGGAAGUCUCACAGUCUAACACGCACGGCGUUUUGUGGAUUUUCGUCCCAUAUAUUUAUCAAACGUAUCUUGACUGUACGCUGUAAGUUGGGAAAUACCAGGGGACUUACUCCCUGGUAUUUCCCAACUUGGCCUGAAAAUAACAUCAAAAAACCGCAACUUCGGAGACAUUAACGUUCCAAGAAGAACUUUAUGCCGUCUCAACGUAGGUAUUCCUUCUUCUGUAGGAGCAUUGUACCACUGCGACCAUUAGUUUGAUCUAUUGUAGUGCACUCCAGUUUGCUAUGUAUGCAGUGUCAGUUCGUUCCAUCACUCAGGGAAUAAGUGAUAGUUACAUCAGGACUUUGCAUAUCCCCCCACGAAGGUAUGACUUCCUUUAUGAAGUUCCUUACCUGGUUUGGCUCAACAGACCAAAUCUUGUUAGGCAUAAGAAUGCCCUUUCCAAGAAUACGCAGUCUUCGCUGAAUUAGUGUACUGCAUUGACACAGUAAAUGUUUCGAAGUCUCAGCUUCGAAAUUGCAGAAACGACAGUUCUCAUCUGUCAGUUUUCCGAUUUUUUAAGGUGAUACCUGCUCGGACAGUGUCCGGUCAAUAGACCGAUUAAUGUACUCAAAUCUGCUGAGUAUUUAGGUUGCGUGUUAUUCUGUUGCAAGGUGUAAUGAGUAAUUUGGAUUAUCUUGGUGUUGAUUGAGCCCUCCAGUUGGCUUCAAUCAUUGAUAUUUCCCAGGUUUUGAGCUCCGAUUUCAUGCCUGAUGUGAUAAUCCACAAAAUGGCUCAGGCCCGACGAAUUUAGUUGAAGAUCCUAAUCUUGCUAAGAGAUCGGCUUUUUCAUUACCUUCUAUACCGCAGUGACCAGGCACCCAGUAUAGGUUAACUUCGUUAGUAGCAGCUAGUUGUUUUAAGGAUAAAAUACAUUCCCAAACUAGCUUUGACUGACAUGUGUAUGCUUUUGCUGCAUUAGGAGCUGCUUGGCUAUCUGAGUAGAUACAGAUAUUGGCAUACCUGUAUUUUCUAGUCAGAAAAAUAUUUAAAUAUUUGUACAUGUUAGAAUAACUUGUAUUUCUGCUUGAAAAACUGUAGGCCACUCUCCCAUUGGAACUGACAUGUCGAUUCCUAGUCCAGUAAUACGAGCUCCCGUAGAUUUACCGAUUUUAGAUCCAUCGAGUUUUGGAACCACCUUCUUCCCAUUCGUUGCGAUUGAAUUCAAUCACUUUGAAGGGAACACUGAAGUUAGUCUUUGUUUCCACCCAGUCUUCAUUCAUGCUUAGUAUAGUGUUCAGUGGAAAAUCUUUCAGGAUUUGUAAAUGCCCUGUGAGAUCUCCUUCUAGAAAAUGUUUCAUACGUUUCAGCCUAAGAGCAAAAAGGUGCACAUAUCGGUGCAAGGGUAGAAGGUAUAAAAGAGCAUCUAGGGCUUUGAAAGGUGCGCUAGGCAUUGCUCCAGUUAUUGAUAAGCAUGCCAGACGUUGUAGUUUAUCGAGCUUUUUCUGAGCUGAUAUUUGUGUAAUUUUAGGCCACCACACUAGCGAAGCAUAUGUUAGUCUGGGUCUCACAAUUGCCGAAUAAAACCAGUGAAUCAUUCUAGGUUUUAGUCCCCACUUUUUCCCGAAUAUACUACUACAACUCCAGAGCGCUGUCUGGACUUUAGAUAUUGCUUACUCCAGUUGGUCGUUCCGAUUUAGUUUUUGGUCAAGCAUGACACCUAAAUAUUUGGUUCGUUUUGAAAGCUCCAAUUGUACACCUCCCAAUCUAAGAGGUGGAAUCUUAUACUUUCUUUUUUUGGUAAAUGGAAUUAUGACUGUUUUUGAAGGAUUAACACUAAGUCUUUCCAAGUUGCACCAUGUGAGUGUGUAGUUAAGGGCUGUUUGCAUUCUAUUGGGAAUAGUAUAUUCACAUUUACCCCUCACUAAGAUGAUUAUGUCAUCAGCAAAACCAAUGACUUCGUAUCCUAAAUUAGCCAGGUUAUGAGGAAGAUCGUCGACAAGUAGUGACCACAACAGAGGAGACAGAACUCCUCCUUGAGGGCAACCUAUAGUUGGUUUCGUUGUUAGAGUAGAUCCUCCUAAUUUAGCUGUUAUUAGUCGGUUGGUUAGCAUGGCAUGUGUCCAGUUGGAGAUGCACAUGUCAAAACUACAUUUUUUCAUAGCUUUAUUUAUAUAGUUGUAGGAUGCAUUGCCAAAUGCUCCCUCAAUAUCAAGAAAAGCUGUAAGUGAGAUUUCUUUAGCAUCAAAAGACUUUUCUAUUUUUGAAAUUAACGUGUGAAGCGCUGUUUCAGUUGAUUUAUUUGCUUCGUAGGCAAAUUGAAAUUUGUUCAAUGGUCUCCUGCGUCAUUUUUAUUAGUAGUACUCAGUUGAGAUUUCUUCCAAAUACCACGCCUUGAAUGUAUUAUGAAUGACAAAUUCUAAAACACGCAUGAAAAAAGUCCUUAAUGUGGCCGUACACUAUUUGCCCGGAGGUCACAUUUGACACUUUUUGACAGAUCAAAUUUGGUUUGAUAUUUGUACAAACAUUAUUUUGUUUGUCACUCGUUGAUUAUCGACAGUGGCAAACAAUGUCAAACAUCGAACAUGGAAAAAAAUGACUGAAAUAUUUAAGGUAACCUAACCAUGUACCAACGUGUUUUUGGUCGAAUAUGUUUAAUCAGUACGCGUUGAUCAAACUUUAUCUGUCAAAAUUUAUUUAUUUGUUAAUUCACCAACGGGCUUUAAGGCCCUAAUGAUGUAGCUUACUUCUAAAUACGAAUAUUGCAUUACAUAAAAGUCGUCACAUAGUCAUAACAUAAACCAAUUAUCACAUGGCAGUUCCAUCAUUAAAAAAAGAAUUAAAUCUGUCGAACAGCCUGGCUACUCUGUUAAAGAGUCGUUGAAAACCACUGAAUCCACCGAACCGAAUAUAAUUCGUGCGUAGUACAGGCAAUCGUAACAUCGAAUUAUUACGGAGAGCUCGAGGUUGAACGUUGAUAUUGAUGUUUUCCAAGAGAAAGGGACAGUCUAUGCGUCCAUGCAAAGCAUCAGCGAUCAGUAAAGCUCUUGCUGUGUCUCUACGAAUCGACAAAGAUUCCAAGUUGAUCAGCUGACAACGACUCUUGUAGGUCGGUAAUCGGAAGGGGUCUGUCCAUUGCAAUACGAAGUGUAUAUCGCACGAACCGUCUUUGAACUGAUUCCACUCUUUCGACACCGUUGUUGUAAUGAGGAGUCCAAUCUGCUGAACCAUACUCUAAAAUGGAACGAGUUAGAGAGCAGUAGAGGGCUUUAAGGCAGUAGAAGUCCGUGAAGUUUUUGGCAAUCCUGAAAAUGAACCCCAGAGUUCUGGACGCUUUAUUAACCAUGAACGAGAUGUGCUGUUCAAAUGAGAGUUGCGUGUCCAAAAUAACUCCCAGAUCCUUGACUUCGCUAACGCGCUCGACUACCGUGUCGAACAAAACAUAUUUGUAUAAUAUGGUCUGUCUCGUACGCGCAAACGAGAUAACAGAACAUUUGACGGGGUUUACAUCCAUUCGGUUAAGAGUGCACCAAUCAGCAAAAGCCUCCAGCUGUCAUUGAAGCGACAGUCUUCUAUUGAGCAGAUCCGAAGGUAAAUUUUCAAAUCGUCUGCAUAUGAUAGUCGUGGUCCUUUCAAUUACCAGAUUUACGUCAUUGAAGUCAUUGAUCCGCGAUGCGGAUUAUCCGCGAAAGCGAGUUCCUUAGUAAUUCUACAAACCUUCCCGAAAUUUGUCAGUGAGUGGUAGGGUCGCUCUCUUUUGUUUUGGUCUUGGCUUUCACAUUAUUUGAACACUGGUGUACACGACCUUACAGAUGGAUAGUUCAAUAAUUUCUGUAUUGAUGAAACAUAGUUUUCAUGCUAAAAUAUCUUUUUUCCGUGUUAUCCGCGAUUUUCGUUAUUCGCGGAUAAUCGGGGUUCUACUGUAUUUCUUUUUGUUUAUGGACUGGGAACAUAUGCGAUAGCUUCCAACAGGUCGGAGAAACACCACUGGCCACGGAAAGCUGGAAUAUGUGAAGCAGCGGAAUCAACAAGUCAUGCAUGUGUGUUUUGAGAAAUGCUGAUGGGAUUCCGUCCAGUCAGUCGGAUUAAACGACGUUAUGAGCUUUGAGAAUGACCUAGAAAUCAUAUCCAUAUUGAUAUCAACUCUACUCAGGGUUUGUCUAGAAAGAGGUAUGCAACUAGCGGCAUGGUCUUCGAUAUGGUCUACGCUCAAUUGUUCGUCGGUGAAAACACUGGCGAUUUUUCCUGAAAAUAGGUUGCAGAUAUCCUGCUGGGUAGAUGCCACGCUUCCGUUGAACGUCACAGAGGAUGGCAGGCCCGCUUCAUGGCGCUGCUCGUUCACAAAAUUCCAAAACUGUUUGGGACGUGAUUUGAGUUUUCUUUGUAUUCCACACUGGUAAUGCUGGAAAGAUUGCUUUGCAAUAAGUUUAUAUUCCUGAUUGAUUUUCGCAUAGUGGCUUUGGAGUGUUUGUGUGCGAUGUCUAGUGAACUUUCUCAAUGCGGCCUUCUUUAUGGAUUUUAGUCUUCGCAAUACACCGGUUUGCCAUGGUUUACGGGAUGCAUGGGGGCACUGCUUCUUCGGCACAUAUCUGUCGAUAACAUUUGUGAGAACGUUGGAAAUUGUUAGAGCAACGGAGUCGACGUUAUUGGUGUCUAAUAUGUCGCUCCAUUUGAA